CCACUUUACAAGUCACCUGUCCAACACACUGCAAAAAUGGUUCCACUUAUCCUCGCCGUCAUAGUUUCCAUGGCAACAGCAGCCCCGGCUGCAGAUGGUCAAGAUGGUUGUGUAUUUGAUGGCAGCGUCUACCAGAAGGGUGAAGUGAUUGUAGAAAAGGGAUGUCUAGCCGAAAUGACCUGUUUGGGUAAAAACGUGUACGGUGACCUACACAUGCUGAGCGGUGUCUGCCCCACCGAGAAGAGAGCCGUAGACGGACAAAGUGGAUGCCUCUUUGAUGGACAUGUGUAUGCACCUGGUCAAGACAUUAUCAUCCAGAAAUGUUUGGCGAAAAUCCCGUGUCUCGGUAGAAAUAACCUCGGAGUACAGGUUUCAUUGUACGGUGACUGCAGCAGUCUAGACCAGCAAAAGCGAUCGGUUGAUGGCCAGAGUGGCUGUCUGUUUGACGGAAGCGUUUACGGACCAGGACAAGUUAUCACGGAGCCGGGCGUCCAUCUUCAGUGCCUAGGACACAAUCUUUACUCAUCUACAUUAUAAUAUACGUAAUUUUCGCAGCCUCUCACUCUCAACACCACUGUAUAUGGAAUCAUCACCUCAUUCUUCUGAUAUUGUUAGGUUUUAUACAAAAUUAAAUAUUUUAAUA